CUGGCUCUCUUUCUCCUUCCUCUCAUUUUUCUUCUUCUCACCUUCUUUCUCUCUCAUGCUGCAGUAAAAAAUUCAGAAAAUCAGUCCAAAAAAUAGUCCUCAAAAAAGGAUGUAUCUGUAUAUAAGUGUUUAAUCUUCAUUGAGAUUUCUCCAAUAAUAUCUGUCUCAUUAUAUUAGUAUAGAUUGGGGUUAAGUACCUAGUUCACUCUUAAACUAAAACUCAAUUCUGGACUUAGUAAAAUAAAACUCACUUUGAAAACUCGGCAUUUCAGCCAUGGCGGCUACGCUCUUUGCCACCCGUCGCACGUUUGCCACCCUAUUAUCCCGCCGCUCUCGUACUUCGCUUUCUGCCCUCCUCCACACCCUCAACCACCCCCAGCCCGUCGCCUCUCAAACUCGGUUCAGCUCGUCGCGUACAGGCUAUUUUCCGCUGAAUGACCCGUCGCCCAACUGGAGCAACCGCCCCCCAAAGGAGACGAUUCUCCUCGAUGGCUGCGAUUACGAGCACUGGCUUAUCGUCAUGGAGUUCGAUUCGGAUCCUAAGCCCACUGACGAAGAGAUGGUUAAUGCUUACGUCAAAACCCUAGCCUCCGUGGUUGGAAGUGAAGAAGAAGCAAAAAAGAAGAUAUAUUCUGUGUGUACAUCAACAUACACUGGGUUUGGAGCUCUCAUCUCGGAAGAGCUUUCGUACAAAGUUAAAGGCCUGCCUGGUGUUCUAUGGGUGUUACCCGAUUCAUAUCUUGAUGUUCCCUACAAGGACUAUGGUGGUGAUCUCUUUGUGGAUGGGAAAGUCAUUCAUAGGCCGCAAUACAGGUUCACUGAGAGACAACAAAACACGAGAAUCAGGCCUCGUCCAAGACACAACAGCCAUCGUGAAACAAUGAAGGUUCAGAGGGGACAGACGAGGGCCUCUGAUCAGCUGUCUCCUGCUGCGCAAUCAGGAGCGUCAGGGGAUUGGAAUGCGAGCCGUGUUGGUUUAAGAGGAUAGAGUAGCUGUUUGAUUGUUGCAUCUUCUUCAUGAUGUGUGGUUGUGCACUGCCUUCAACCAGAUUAUUUCAUCUGAACAGCCAACAAACACAUUGAAAUAAUUGAGGUUUAUAGAGCUUUUCCUACGAGGCCUGUUACGUUCAUGAAUCUUGCAUAAAUGAAUCAAGUACGCUGGCCAUAUAAAGACUUGAAAAA